AUGUCCCGCGUCAUAAACUUUUUCAUCAUGAUUUAUCUGAUAUCUUUUAUAUUUGCAUCAAGUUCAAAAAAAAAGGGAACUGAUAAUCGACUAUGGAAAGCGAUUCGUGGAAAAAAAUAUAAUAAUGGAAAGAUUAGUAGUAGUCCACUAUCGCAACAAACUUGUUUAGCUGCGAAUAACUCAGAUCCUAAUCAGCAAAAAGCGGAUUCCUUAGAUGCAACGAAUUCUGGUUUACCGACGCAGUCCAAGAAAACCCAGGAACAUAAAGUAUACACGGUAACUCCUUCAGAUACGACGAAAGUAGGUGACAACACUUUUUUUCUCAAAAAGACAGACAAAGAACCAACCAAUAACAACGAGAAAGAUAUGUCACAAUCAGCGUCAUUGAAUUAUGAGCAAGAACUGGUCCCACACUUGAGAAAUCGCUAUCGAGAGAUCUGCGAUGAUAAAAAAGAGAAUAGUCAAGAAUCAGAACAGAACAAUGGGCAAGAACUGGUCCCACAUUUGAGAAAUCGUUAUCGAAAGACUAGCAAUGAUAAAAAAGAGAAUAGUCAAGAAUCAGAACAGAACAAUGGGCAAAAACUAGUUCCAAAUUCAGGACUCGUUCAUCAAGAGGUCAGCGAUGAUAAAAAAGAGAAUAGUCAAGAAUCAAAACAGAACAAUGAGCAAGAACUAGUUCAUCAAGAGACUAGCGAUGAUAAAAAAGAGAAUAGUCAAGAAUCAGAACAGAACAAUGGGCAAGAACUGGUCCCAUAUUUGAGAAAUCGUUAUCGAAAGACUAGCGAUGAUAAAAAAGAGAAUAGUCAAGAAUCAGAACAGAACAAUGGGCAAAAACUAGUUCCAAAUUCAGGACUAGUUCAUCAAGAGACUAGCGAUGAUAAAGAAAAAGACAGUCAGGAGUCACAACAGAACAAUGAGCAAGAACUAGUUCAUCAAGAGACUAGCGAUGAUAAAAAAGAGAAUAGUCAAGAAUCAGAACAAUCAGGUGAGUCUACUAAUGAAACUGUUGAUAGACUUGUUACUUCAACGAAGCAGGAUGGCUACAGACUCAGUGGCAGGCUACCACAUCCAUACAAGAUAAGUUUCAACAGACGUGUUUUAUCUAAUAGGAUAGCUGCAUUUCUACAGCUUAUAAAACGGAGAAAAGAUAGAUUACCUACUAAAUAA